CUUCCCUUCGCAAUGUUUCAAGGCGCCGCUCACGCCCUAUCUCAUGGGUCGGGCUACUAUUCUUAUCUCAAGUCAUGACAGGGCCCCAGAAUAGCAAGCCGGUUGGUCGCCAGAGGCGACCGAAAGUCCCCGACGCUUUGCGGAAGAGGGCCGCCCGAGCAUGUAAUCCAUGCAGGUAUCACAAAGAGAAAUGUCAGGGUGGAGUGCCUUGUCUGCGGUGCCAACGAUACAAGCGGAACUGUCAGUACAGUCAGGCCCCUGCCCCAGCAGCGAGUAGUGACGCUGCGAGAGCUAGCGCCUCCCCGCAACAGGCAUCAGAAAAAGAACGAUAUCUCGAACAAAUAGUACGGCAUUUCAUGGGUGACAUAUCAUUUGAACCGUCAAACUUGCAAUUUGUCGCGGAUGCUUUGCAGAGGGACCGAGUGAGCCCAAGGAACCCGUCGGCUCUGGCACCGGGGUCGAGCGAGCUCUAUUCCAUUCAUCCGCUUUCCACGAGUACGAUGCUUUAUUCUGGGGAAUUUUCUCACUGGAACUUUUCACGUAUGAUUCGCCGAAAACUGCAGAGCCUUGGAAAUGAUCCCGACGAUAGCAUGACGGGAGACUCCCACAUAGCUAAUGAUCCAUUUCGUGCAACUGGCCUUCAGUCUUCUAGCUCGAUUGUUGCUUCAUCAAGAACGUAUUUCCCGCCGCGACACAUUGCGGAAUUCUUGUUGGAUACGUUUCUUGAGUAUACGCAGACCAAUUAUUACUAUUUUGACGAAACGGAAUUUCGGCAAAAGCUAGACUACUAUUACACCGAGGACAGAUACUUGGAUAUCAACGAUGCGGGCUGGAUUUGCACCCUGUUCAUGACGUUCGCCUCUGGGACCCAGUUUGCCUAUAUGCAUGCUAGCCGAUCACCAUACUUGCAUAGUAUGUCGGGUGAAGGACAUCUACCAGAUGAUACUAUCGGGCUGGCGCUCUACAGGUUUUCUUGUCGUCUGAUCCCUGACCUUAUUACUACCGCUUCCGUCGAAACUGUCCAAGCUUUUUUACUCUUCGGGGUUUAUACCAUGCCAAUUGAUACCUCCGGUCUUGCUUAUACUUAUCUCGGGCUUGCUAUAAAGAUGGCUAUUCAGAACGGCAUGCAUCGUCGGUUUGGGGAGGAAGGUCUAGAUGCGCGCACAAUCGAGUUGCGGAACCGUCUUUGGUGGUCCGCGUACACACUCGACAGACGAAUCAGCAUUCUUCAUGGGCGCCCGGUUUCCGUGUCCCCAACCGAGAUAGACUGUGACAUGCCUAAAGACUUGCCUGACUUGCGUCCUUCUGGUCGCAUCACGAAUUUACCCAAUAUCACCGCUACUAUCCAACUGACUGAGCAGCUUGCGAAGGUUGCACCCAUUAUAUCCCGGCUGCGAAAUUGUCCGGGGGAGUUACAUUCGAUUUAUCUCAAGCAACUUCUACACGUACGCGAUGAACUUAGGAGCUGGUGGGAGACUUUACCCCAAGAUGUGCACUGCCGUGACCUUGACCCUUCCAAGCCGCUUUUCCGCUAUAAUGUUCACCUGGAACUAACGUACGCUAUGAUAAUCAUGUACAUGGGUCGUCCACUGAUUCUUGCCGGAACACCAAAUUCGUCGGUCUCUGACGAGGGCGACUCCGGUUCGACCGUAGAUGCCAGUGUAAUGUUGUGUACCGACUGCGUGCAAGCUGCUCUCCGGAUUGUCGAAUUGUGUCAAUUACUACAGGAUGCCGUCGGUGUAGCUCGGGUGUCGUAUACCGAAUUCAGCUCAUGCCGCGCGGCGCUAUUAGCGAUUAUCGCUCAGAGCCUGAACACGCGAACGGAGCGUUUACGUGGAGCUCUUACACAAGGGAUGGUCUUGAUCCGUCGAAUGUGUGUUGGCCUUCAGUCGGCUCGUUCAGAAGUAGCAGUUAUUGAGGCACUUGAGCGCGCAGCACAACGUUUGGACAGCCGAACCGAGAAUGAAGACACACGCUCGGGUGAAACGAGCACGGAAUACAGCCAGUUUAGGCGUUGGGCUAUGCUGUGGCAAUCCGAGCCUCCGUCGGCCAGCGUGGGGAUCGAGUCCGAGCCUAUUGGCCUCGAAAGUUCUCAGUUGCCAGCUGCUUCAUUUGACGGUUUCUUUUCUUCCUUUCCCCAAGAGCUUGGGGCUUUUGCAUCCUUUCCGGAAGUAGGGGCGCAGUUCGGUGAAAACUUGCCGACUAUGCUUUGGCCUGAUGAGUUAUCACUGCCCGCGUUUGUUCCAAACCCGGACUCCCCGACUUGACGGCGCCUUAUGAGGACGCUUCAAGGUUCUAGGCCUUCACCUGGAGACACUUCACGUAAUGAUCUCCAUUUUGGUACGGCUCCGUGUCCCCUAUCAUAGAGGGCCAGGUGCUGUUGAGCUCGUGUCUUGUUGCAUAGCUGUGACAAAACACACUGCAACUACCAGAAAUAUGAGUUCUCUCAUCUCAUCUAGCGUCUAGAUAAUUCCUAGAGGAGGCAUUUACCUGAAUGGAGAGAUGUUCAACGUUUCAAGCGGAGCAGAACCUUCGAUUUGUUCGCACCCAAGGACUCUAAAUGCAUCGGCUGGCAUGGGCAAUGUCAAAAAACUGUUUUGUGUACAAGCUAGGAAGAAUGGGAUCAUUGAGACCGACUUGACGUGGUUCGCAACGGUUGGACCUUCAAUCACGUAUAUAAGAUGUGUACGAAUCACGCUGGCGAAUAGAGAAGCGAUAUAGCAAAUGCCGAUGCUAGCCAGACUGUGGCUUGUAAUGACUCCAGAGUAACGAGUGUCCGGGGAAGAUUGCAGUUUACUAGUCGGAAUCUUUUGGUUUUGGGGAGAAGAUAAAAGUGGAAUAUG